UACCUUCAGAAAUUAAUGGCCAUGAGUUCGUAUAUGGUGAACUCUAAGUAUGUGGAUCCCAAAUUUCCUCCCUGCGAGGAAUAUUCACAAAAUAACUAUAUACCUGAGCAGGGCUCGGACUACUUCAGUCCAUCGCAGGACACAGACUUUCAGCAUCCAGGGAUCUACCCACGGUCAAACUACACGGAGCAGCCCUUCAGCUGCAACACUGUGCAGGACUCCACAGUGCAGCCACGGGGUCAUGUGCACGAGAGACCCAGCCAUCCGAGCCCCUUUAACGCACAGACUGAGCAGGGGGCCCCGGUCCAAGUGGCCGGACCCCGGACUUGUGGACAGCAGCAAAACACAAAGAGCCAAAAUGGGAUACAAGCCAAGCAGCCUGCAGUAGUUUACCCCUGGAUGAAGAAAGUCCACGUAACUACCGUGAACCCGGAUUACACAGGACCUGAGCCCAAACGGUCCAGAACAGCAUACACUCGGCAGCAGGUUUUGGAGCUUGAAAAGGAGUUUCAUUUUAACAGGUACCUGACCAGGCGGCGACGGAUCGAGAUCGCCCACACUCUUUGUCUCUCCGAAAGGCAAAUCAAAAUCUGGUUUCAGAACAGACGGAUGAAAUGGAAGAAAGAUCACAAACUACCCAACACCAAGGGCAGAUCUGCACCAGCCUCUAGCCAUCUGCAGAGCAUCCAGAAGGAUAACCAGACUGAUAUCACAUCAUUAUAA